AUGCACCCCGGCAGCUGCAGCUACGUGCAACAGGGAGAACGGAAGGGAAAGAAGGGCCCCACAUCCAACCCUGUGGUGAAGCAACUGAGAGCGGCCUUCGAGGCGGUGGAGGGGGAGUAUCCGCGAUUCACAGAGGAGGAAAAGCGGAAAGCGAUUGCUGCUGGGGGGCUGCAUGUGAUCGGCACAGAGCGACACGACGUAUCGACAGCCAGAAAUUCCUCCACCAAUCCCCUCAUGCGGGUCAGCACCUCCCUCUUUUUCUUUUCCUCAUCAGGCUCCUCAGCGUGCAGAACCCGGGCUGAUGAGGGCCUUCCAUGGGAGGAUCUGCCGAUCAAGCCCCGCUCCCCACUUCUGCUGCUCUCGUUUUUUAGGCGCCUCAAAAACGACCUCAUCUGCCGAUCAAGCCCCGCUCCCCACUACUGCUGCUCUCCUCCCCCUGUUUCCUGCCUGUUCCCACUAAUUUUAACUCCCUUCUCCCCGUGCAUCCAUCUACGCGGUCGCAGCGGGCGCCAGAAGGACCUAGGGAGCUCGCCCUUCUUCCUCAGUCUGGAAGACAACUUGCUAAGAGUGUUCGGGGGAGAGAGGAUCGAUGGGCUGAUGAGGGCCUUUCAUGUGGAGGAUCUGCCCAUCGAGUCGCCAUUUCUGAACCGAGCGCUGGAGGAUGCGCAGAGGAAGGUGGAGAAUUACUACUUUGACAUCCGCAAGCAGCUGUUUGAAUACGACCAGUCUACGUUGGAGGAUGCGCGGAGGAAGGUGGAGAACUAUUACUUUGACAUUCGCAAGCAGCUGUUCGAAUACGACCAGGUGCUGAACAGCCGGAGGGAGCGGUUCUACUCGGAGAGGAGGAGAGCGCUGGAGAUCGAUGACAUGGAAGGGCUGAUGCUAGAGUAUGCACAGCUGACCAUGGAUGACAUUGUCAAUGUGAGGAGUGGUGCUGUCAGGUGCAAUGUGGUGAAGCGUGAUAGUGUCAGGUUUGAUUAG